AUGCUUCCUAACUGGAAGAACAGUCGGACUGACUCGUUUAAAAUAAAAUUCAACUCUGCUGUUAGAGAAAUUGUUUCUGACAGUAGCAAAUGGCCGGAAGGUACGCUAAUAAAAAAUACAAGUUCUUUCGUACACAUGAGAAGUGAAGAGCAUGAAACUGCUGACUACCGCAAGAGCAACGAUUGUGCGGACAAGUUGAGAAUCUUCAACAAAAACAUUCAAAGCGACUUCAACAUAGAUUAUUCUGGAAAUAAUAUUUCAAAAAGAUUAUUAGGCGAUCUGCUUGGAUCAUUUGAGCUUGAGUCUCAUAUAACUGAGUACACUCGAAUUGCAUCUACCAGAUAUGGAAUCAGCAAAUUGUCAAUCGACUACAUAAUUACUAACUGCCCAGAAGUAGUGUAUUCUGGUCAAGUGUGUAUCUCAGCAGCGAUCAGACUCGUGUUGAGGUGCUGCGCCCGUUGUGUUGGGCCCCCCUUCCCGGCCCCCCCUCCUCCGCCGCUAUGA